AUGAGUGAGGAACAAGACGAACACAGUGACAGUGAUGAUGAUGAACCAAUGGACAGUGACGAAGAUGAGGUGGUUAAGUCGGACAAAGCUGAAACGGCUGAAUUUGACGAGGAAAUGUUUCCGGUGCUCGGAAGCGCAGUCGCUGAUACCAUAGAUCAGAGGAAGGAUCAUUUGAACGUCCAAGAAGCGUCCAAGUGGUAUUCUGAAAGUGUGCCCGUGUCUAACAGCAUCACCGCCGAUCAGGUGCCAUUGGAAAAGUUCGUCGACACUUUGGAUCACUCGGUGAUCAGUAACUUCACGGAAAUGGGCAUAACGCAUUUGUUUCCCGUGCAAAGUCUGGUUAUUCCGGAGCUGAUCAAGUCUUUCAAGAGCAGAGCUUUGUUGCCUCCGGCCGAUUUAUGCAUCGCCACCCCGACCGGAAGUGGCAAGACACUAUGCUAUGUAGUGCCGAUCGUGCAGACCCUGAUGAAGCGCGUUGUCCCGCGCAUCAGAGCCAUCGUCCUUGUGCCUACAUCACAGCUCGGUCAGCAGGUAUUCGAGGUGUUCCUUUCCUUCACCAAAAACACGAAACUAAAGGUUCAGUUCCUGCGAGGCACGGUUAACGCGUUUCGUGAACGAGUCACCUUCAGCAACCGUGGCUGCGCAUUCAUGGCCGACAUAAUUGUCUCCACACCGUCUUACCUGCGUAGUCACAUAAAAGGCUGUAGCGAGAGGGCGUUUGAUCUUCGCCAUCUCAGGUACUUGGUCAUCGAUGAGGCUGAUCGGGUGUUGUCCGUUUGCGACCCUGACUGGAUCGAGAUUUUGGAAAACGCGGUGUUCCGUCAGGAACGGGUUCGUGAUCCAGACUGGUACAGCAGCGCUAGCAAAGGGUGGUCCGUCAGACUGCCACCGUUAAUUGUGAAUCGGCAGCGCUUGGGUUGCCGAAGCGUGAGCAACCUACAGGCCGUUGGUCGACUGCCCCUUCAAAAGGUGCUGCUGUCGGCGACCUUAAAUUUGGAUCCGGACGUCUUGAAGCACCUCAAUUUGUAUCGUCUCAAGAUGUACUCCGUCGGCUCUAGUAGCGUAGAUAAUCAGGGCGCAGCAGUCUUGGUAGAGCACAAGAGGCUGCCCAUGGUUUCGUUGCCCGAAGGACUUGAUGAACGCUACUUGGUCUGCGGCGCACAAGAAAAGCCGCUUGUCAUCUACUCGCUGUUGAAACGAUUUCCGUGGAGCCGAAUCUUCUGCUUCACCGAAACACUUGAGCACAGUCGUCGCCUGGCCGCACUCUUAACACUGAUGAAGCUUGACAACGUCGAAGAACUGUCCGGUUCCCUAAUGCACUACAGACGGACGAAGGUCAUCAAAGACUUUCAAUCUGGCAAAGUGAGUCGUGAGAGAGUGACAUAA